GGGACACAUCGGGGACACGGGGCAGCGACCCCCGAGCGAUCCGUGAGGGGAUCGCCCUCAGCCCGGGCGGCGCGGCCGGGGCAGGGCGGGGCUGGGCCCGCGGGCGGGCCCCGCUGAUCCCACAGCGACCCCACGGAGAUCAACCCCACGGAGAUCGACCCCACGGACACCGACCCCGCGCCGUCCGCAGCAUCCCCGCGGCUCGCAGCGCGCUCGGCCCCGCCGCACGGGGCUGCGGGGGAUGCCCGGAGCAGCGCGGCCCUCGCCGGGCCCCCGCGGCCGCCCCCCGAGCCCCGCGGGCCGCGGGCGGGCGGCGGGCACGGGCCGGGCCCGGCUCGGGGGGGGCCGCGCCGCCGCCCCCUGAGGCUCCGCCGGCCCUGCCGGGGCUCCCGGGCCGGGGCCGGCGGGGAGAGCGAGCCCGGGGCGCCCGGGAGGGCGGCGGGAGCGGCAGCGCCGGCUGCUUGCGCUUUUCUGCUUUUUCACUUUCUUAAAAAAAAAAUUAGUAUUCUUUACGGUGUUUUUAAAACUUUUUUUUUUUUUUUUGAGUUUUUAAAGUUUUUUUUUUUUUUUUUUUAACGUUCAAACAUUUCAACUUUCCGACGCCAGCGCAAAGUUUUGCCGGGAUCGGCGGGACCGCGUGAGCGUGCGGAGCCGAGGCCAUGCGGUGAGCGAGUCUUGUGAAGAAAGCAAUCUGAGGACCAUGCAUCCGUGACUCUUGGAACCAGCCUGUGAGCCAGGGCGAUGGAAGUUCUGGAGGGCCGCCAGCGUACUGCUUCCGUGAGCAUUCCCAAUGGAUUUGCCAACAGGAUUUUCCAAGGGAGCAUGGAGGGAGGGAGCACUGAUGCCUUGGAGGCCUGUGGUGCUGAGCACUGCGCCUCUGGUGAUGCAAACCCCGGUGAGCAGGAGGAAACACACAGGUAUAAGAAAACAACCAAGGGCAGCCGGAUCUGGAAUUUCGUCAGACGAAGGAAAGGACUCUCCACGAAUAAAGACAGACCCCAGUCCAUGAUUCUGCUGGGAGUUGCCUCUGAGGUCUCAGAAUUAAAAAAGCCAUCCUUCAUGGACAGGGUACGCUCGUCAAAAAAGGGAAGAUCCUCCAGGACGCCCAAGAACGUGGAUUUGAGAGCACCCAGAGCGCAGGAUGUGUGUGACCCUGAGGAGGAGCUUCCCUGCAGUGGGCAGAGAGCUGUCUACAGGGUGAAGAAGCUGGGGGACGGCCGGAGGCCCUCCCGCCACUCCUACGCCGGCUACAUCGAGGACUUGGACUCUUCCUUUGAGGACAUAGAGCUGAACAUCAGCAUUCCUGAACUCGAUGCCACUGAAAGUAAAUGUCUCAGGGAUAUCAGUGGCAGAUUACACGGUGAGGAUAAUGAUGGGAACUGCCACAGAGGACCAGCCAGGAAAAGCGAGUCUUUGAAUUUUGAGCACGUUAAGAGUUCUGCAAUUACAGAAGGGGACAAUCAAAAGAGGUGUGCUGUGCUCCCACAGGAGAGCAGGAGAGGAAGGAGCUCUGAUGUCUGGAGCUAUCUGAAAGGAAUUUCAUUAGCUAGCAAAGAUAAUUCAAAGCUCCCAGAUCAAAGGGCUGAAACCAAUUUUCAGAACGUGGAAAACACAACGGAUCAUUCCGCUUCUUACCUGGACUUUGAUACGAGGUGUGAGGAGAAUCUCAGCCAGCGAAAAAAACCCAACGGUGCCGCCAAAGCCACUCACUUUGGGGGCGUAGUGAGGUUCCUGAGCAGCGUGGCCGAGGCGGCUCGGCGGCUGCGGGGCUCCUCCAGAGCCUUCUCCCCCGAUGAGAAGAGGCCUCAGCGCAGUUUCCGGGGCCGCAGGCAGGACGCUGCCUCCCCCAAGGAGGGGUUGGUCAUGGAGAACGAGAGCGCCAAGGCCUUUUGCACGGUGGGAGCCUGUCUGCAGUCCCCGGAUUCCGGCACCUGGGAGAACCUGAGCUUUGAGAGUUUAGCGGGGAGGGAGAACUGCAGAACCGCGGAUGGGCUGAAAGGCCUCGGUUCCUCUGGUCUGGACAGUGGGAAUGACAGGCUGGAUGGAGCCCCGUGUGCUCCCUCUGGGCCAGAACCACCCGUGUCCCAGCUGGCAGAGCUCGCAGAUGGGUCUUUCAUUGAGCUGAACAGCAAGGACCCCUCUGAGGAUCUGGUUGAGCUUCCACAGAUGACUCUGGCUGAACCAAUUCAGGACUUGGGCACGACUCCAGAGAAGACCCAGGUCAUGGCUGGGGACCUGCUGCCCUCCCGUGAUCUUUCUGUGAAUACUUGGGAUUCUGGGGGCCUGGGCUGUUCUCCAGCUGUCAGUGGGGACUUUUCUGCAGAAACUGAAGUGCAGACCCACCUCCCACUGGCAUCGCCAGCUAAACUUGAUUCUGGGGACGUGGCUUGUGCCCCAGUGGUUGCUAAAGACAUGGAUCCAUCUCCAGCAGUUGCUCAGGAGCUUUCAGAGACAGAACUGGAUAAUCAGGACUUUAGAAAUCCUGAGCUGCCUUUGCAAAACUUGUCUGGAGGUGAGCUGGAGUUUCAAGACACUGGCAGUGCCCUGGAGAGGGUCGUGGGCAGGGACCUGCCACCUUCCCUUGAUCUUCCUGUCAAUAAUCUGGAUGCUGCAGAUCUGGGCUGUUCUCCAGCUGCUGAUGGUGCCUUUCCUGCAGCCACUGAGGCUCAGACCCACCUCCCACAGACAUCACUGACUAAACUUGAUACUGAGGACGUGGCAUGUGCCCCAGUGGUUGCUAAAGACAUGGAUCCAUCUCCAGCUGUGGCUCAGGAAAUUUCAAGGACAGAACUGGAUAAUCAGGACUUGAGAAAUCCUGAGCUGCCUUUGCAAGACUCGUCAGGAGGUGAGCUGGGUAUUCAGGACUCGGGCAGUUCUGCAGAGACAUCACAGGUUGUGGGCAGGGAUGUGCCACCUUCCCCUGAUCUUCCUGGGAAUGAGCUGGGUGCUGUGGACUUGGACCAUUCCCCAGCUGCCAAUGGUGACUUCUCUGCAGCACCUGAGGCUCUGAUCCACCUUCCCCAGGCAGCUCUGAGUGAAGAGGUCCAAGACACUGUCAGUAGUCUGGAGAAGAGUCAGGUCAUGGGCAGGGACCUGCCACCUUCUCCUGACAUUCCCGAGAACAUUCUGGGUGCUGCGGACAUGGGAUGUUCCGCAGUUGCCGACGUGGACUUUUCCAUAGUGACUUUUUUAAAGUGUUCCACAGUGAAAAGGCAGAGUUUGAAACAGCCUGGUGGCCGCAAUAAAAAGCGGGGAACCGCUUCAUUUGUGGAACAAAACUCUGUGGAGGUCAUGGACAGAGUGGAAGAGUUUGAGUGCAGACCCUUCCAAGUGCACGUCUCGAGGAUCGUCUCUUCCGGACGCCUCAAAAAUGGAAAGGCGCAGGCGGAGCCCUGGAGGGCGCUGGUGCAGCGCUGCCGCUCGGAGCCGCUGUCGCAGAGCGCCCCCAUGGGGCUGGACCAGCUGGGGGGGCGCAUGCAGCACCUGCUGCGCCGCCGCGCUGAGAACGAGCAGGCUUCAAAGACCCUGAAGGUGCGCGGGAACUGCAGGAACGGCCGUCGGUGGAACCUCUUCAAGCCCGGAGCUGAGAAGCUGCAGAUCAGUCGGCUGAUCAGUGGUGGCUCCAUUGUCAGUGCUGAGGCAGUAUGGGAUCACGUCACCAUGGCCAACCGGGAGUUGGCGUUUAAAGCAGGAGACGUCAUCAAGGUCCUGGAUGCUUCCAACAAGGACUGGUGGUGGGGGCAGAUCGACGAUGAGGAGGGAUGGUUUCCCGCCAGCUUCGUGAGGCUGUGGGUGAACCAGGAGGAUGGGGUGGAGGAGGGAACCAGCGAGGUGCAGAACGGGCACCUGGACCCCAGCGCCGACUGCCUGUGCCUGGGCAGGACCGUGCAGAACCGCGACCAGAUGAGAGCCAACGUCAUCAACGAGAUCAUGAGCACCGAGCGCCACUACAUCAAACACCUCAAGGACAUCUGCGAGGGUUACUUAAAGCAGUGCAGGAAGAGGAGGGACAUGUUCAGUGAUGAGCAGCUGAAAAUCAUCUUUGGGAACAUUGAGGACAUCUACAGAUUUCAGAUGGGAUUUGUGAGGGACCUGGAGAAGCAGUACAACAACGAGGACCCCCAUCUCAGCGAGAUCGGGCCGUGCUUCCUGGAACACCAAGACGGCUUCUGGAUCUAUUCAGAGUACUGUAACAACCACCUGGACGCGUGCAUGGAGCUCUCCAAGCUGAUGAAGGACAGCAGGUACCAGCACUUCUUCGAGGCGUGCCGCCUGCUGCAGCAGAUGAUCGACAUCGCCAUCGACGGCUUCCUGCUGACGCCCGUGCAGAAGAUCUGCAAGUACCCCCUGCAGCUGGCAGAGCUGCUCAAGUACACGGCCCAGGAGCACAGUGACUACAGGUACGUGGCUGCUGCCCUCGCCGUCAUGAGGAACGUGACCCUGCAGAUCAACGAGCGCAAGAGGAGGCUGGAGAACAUCGACAAGAUAGCUCAGUGGCAGGCCUCUGUCCUGGACUGGGAGGGGGACGAUAUCUUGGACCGCAGCUCGGAGCUGAUCUACACGGGGGAGAUGUCCUGGAUUUACCAGCCUUAUGGACGGAACCAGCAGCGAGUGUUCUUCCUCUUUGAUCACCAGAUGGUUCUCUGCAAGAAGGAUCUGAUCAGGAGGGAUAUCCUGUAUUACAAAGGGCGCAUAGACAUGGAUAAAUAUGAAGUGGUGGAUAUAGAAGAUGGGAGAGAUGAUGACUUCAAUGUCAGCAUGAAGAAUGCCUUCAAACUGCAUAACAAGGAGACUGAGGAAAUGCACUUAUUCUUUGCCAAGAAACUGGAGGAGAAGUUACGAUGGCUUAGAGCUUUCAGAGAAGAAAGGAAGAUGGUAAAAGAAGAUGAAAAGAUAGGCUUUGAAAUUUCUGAGAAUCAAAAGCGGCAAGCGGCAAUGACAGUAAAGAAAGUCAGUAAGCAAAAAGGUGUGAGCUACUCCAAGUCGGUUCCUCCAGCCUACCCACCACCCCAGGAUCCAUUAAAUCAGGGACAAUACAUGGUGACAGAUGGCAUAUCCCAGUCCCAGGUCUUCGAGUUCACCGAACCCAGACGCAGCCAGGCACCAUUCUGGCAAAACUUCAGCAGGUUAACACCAUUCAAAAAAUAAUACCUAGAGAGAUGGAGAAUUUUAACUUAAAAAAGAACUAAAAUUUAAAAAAUAAAAAUAAAUAAAAUUAUAUUUAUAGAUGGACCUUUUUUCGGAGAAGCACUGUUGCAACUAAAUAUAUAUACAUAUAUAUAUGUAUACACACAUUUUAAAAAUAAUAAUAUAUAUACAUAUAUGUAUAUAUAUAGAAGGACCAAAAACUUUUUUUUUUGUUGUUUUUGGGAAGUAAUCUGCUACUAGAUACUAGGAAGCACCAAUGAUUUCUAACCAUGUGACCUGUUUUAUUUUAUUACUCCAUUGGUUGGACAUUUUUUGUCGUUGUUUUUGUUUUUGUUUUUUUUUCUCAUUUCCAUCCGAGUCGUCCUUGGCAUCCCAGAACGCUUUCUCGCUUGUGUGACUCCAUCAUGGAACUCCUCAUGGACUACAUUGGUGUAUAUUUCCUUUGAUUUUAUUUAUGGGGGGGGUGUGUUUUGUUUGGUUUUUUUUGGAGUGCUGGGAGGUUUUUGCUGCCUCUCCCUCCCUCCCUGUGCGUCCCUCCCUGUCCUGCAUCCCCCGGUCUGACUCGUGCCUGUCUGGAUGUGCUCCCCGUGCUCCCGCUCCGCUGCUCAGUAUUUCUCUGGCUUUAACUGUUCUCUCGUGGGCAGGUGAAACCCAGCAGAAGGGCAAGCAGCUCUUUAGGAAGUGAGAGAUGGGUUUUCCUCAUUUUUUUUGCAUUUUUUUUUAAGCACUUGUCUUUUUCUCAGCUCGGUGUGAUUUGUUCACACUCGGAGUAAGACGGAGAAAAGAGAAUCAGAGGCUUUUCUUCUUUUUGCUUUCUUUCUGUGGGCUUAUCUUUGAUUUAUUUUCUUUUCAAGCUGAGACACUUGAAAAGCCCACUCCUAUCUUUGUUUCCCAUGCAAAGAUAAAAGCUUAAAAACCAACGGCUUCAUGCCUGUGUUGCAGAGAGGAAAAUUGGCUCCGAGGCUCCGACAAGCCAAGUUUUCUGUCUUCAGGAACUAAGGUCCCAUCCUUUGGCCAGGCUCAGCCUGCACAGCAGCCCCCAGCAGAGCCCUGGUUGCCAUUUGCAGGAGCAGUGACCCCAAAACGAGGCCCCUGGCUGCUCUCAGUGCCCUCCCCACUCGGGUCCCCCCAAGCUCUGCCCCGUUUCAGUGCCAGGGUCCCAAGCCAGCCCUGAGCUGAGCCCUGAGCUCCCUCCUGCCAGGAGCUCUGGCUGUCACUGGCCAUUGUGCCCGUGUCCUGUGCCCAGUCCCAGCCUGUGCUGCUCCAGUCCAGCCCCUCCGUGGCUCCAGGUCUCCUUCUCUCUCUUUUUCUCCCUCUGGAGAGUCACAGCUCUAUUUUUAAAGACCCUUCCUAUAAUUUCAGCCUUAAGUGCAUUUGUUUGCAAGUGGUUAAGCUUGUUAAACAGACCAUUGUCAGGAGGAGGAUUUUUAUUUUUUUCCUAGGGCAAAUGAGACUGUUUAACCAGAUUUAGAAGAUGAACUUGAAAUCUUUGCAGAGCUAUUCUGCAAACUCCUUUGAAAAAGUGGGAUGAAGUGAUUGAUCAUGGUAUUUGUCAUUUUCUGUGGAAUCUGAUCCACCACAUAAGCACUCCAGGACAAAGAGUUUUUAUUAUUAUUAUUAUUUUUUUUUUUUUUUUGCCCCUAAGAAAUCCAAGUGAAUGGGAAGAGCAGAGAGUGUGAUUUCAUUGUUUCCAUGGAGCCUGUUUUAUUUCAGGGCAUAUCACAAGGACGGCAUUAUUUUUAUUUAAAUCCAAAAAGAAAAAAAUCCCUCUUAUACUUUUGAAUAAUCUAGACACUCUCAAUAACCAGCAAAGCCAGAUUAGUGUUUUGGAGAGGAGGAGUGGCCCCUCUGUGACAGGCAAACACCCAGAAUCCCAAAUAGGAAGCAACCCAGUUUUAUAUCAGAAAUUAUUUUUAUGCUCUUUUGUAUCUUUGCAUUUUUAUGGCUAGAUUUUAAUAUGGGGUACAUAGCAAAUAUUGUUUUGUUCCUUUAACAGAAUGGGUAUUUAAAGCAGUGCAUGAGAUGGGUUUUGUCAGUUAACUGAAAUGUUUUACUCUUUCUGUAUGGCUGGAGAGAGGCAGAGAGAGAGAGAGAGAGAAAGAGAGAGAGAGAUUCCAAAAUGUUGUCAACAUGAUGAAAAUUUCACUUACUCCUUUUGCCUUUUUAAUUGCUUAGGGGAAAAAAAAAAAAAAAAAAAAAGAAAAACCAACCAAGUAACAAGCACAUUAGUUAAGCCUGUUCAUUUACUGUUUUGUGCCUCAGAGAGUGAGAAUGAGACAUCCAUAAUUUUUAUGAGAAGAUGCUUCCUAAAUAUUCAGCACUAGGAAAAAAGAAACACCACCGCCACACCAUUAUUUGCAUCAUAAAUCAAGAUCUGACAAGGCCACUUGUUGGACUGGCAGCUUCUUUGUUAAGUGGGAAGCCUGCAGGGACGAGGAGGGGCUUGGCUCCCGGGGGGCCCUCAAGAAAAGCUCUUGCCCUCCCUAAAAUUGCCAAGGUGCUGCAGGAGAUGGAGCUCUGGCACCAAGAAGAACCAGCACUGGGUGCCCUUGAGCCCCUUGAGCAGGGAGCAGGGCUGGAGCCCGUGUGAGCACACGGGGGUGACUUGACUGAGCAUCUGGUACAGACUUUUUCAGGAGGAACCCACUUCCCAUUCCAUAUGCAGAACAAAAAAAAAAAAAAAAAAAAAAAAGAAAAAAAAGAAAAGAGAGUUGUAACAAACUUACAUGUUUACGGUAUUUCUCUGGCUGAAUCUAUAUAUAUAUAUAAAUAUAUAUAUAAAAAAUAAAAAGAAACCUCUUCCCUAGGUAAACAACAUGCAUUACCCUUAACCUAGACACUAGAACAGAGGAUCUAAAUUCAAGACUUUCGCCUCCCCACCCUCUCCAAAAAGUCAAACAAGAACCAACCUAGGUGCAUCUAACAGUUGUAAAUAGAAAAUACUACAUAGAGAAAUAUAUUUGGAAUUUGUUUCAGUUUCUGGAUGGGCACCAGCCGUCCAUUGCAAUGUUAUUGAUAGUACACUGUGGUGCUUUGGGUUUCUGGUUUUGUUCUCUUUAUGCUCUGUCAUCUUUUCAUUGCAGCUACAUUUCAGGGAACAUGUAUAUUUAGUAGCUAUUGUAAGUUCUGCAUGGCAUCACCAAGCUUAUUUUUCCUUAAGAAGAAAAGAAGAGUCUGUAGGAGCUUAAAGGCACUAUGACGACAGGGACUUGUAGCAGAGAAUUUAAAAAAAGAAAAAAAAAAAAAAAAAAGGUUUUUAAAAUUCUAGUUUGAAGCCAAAUACCGAUAUUUUAGUGCUUUUGGGGUUUUAACAGUAAGAGCAAAAAAAAAAAAAAAAAAAGAAAAAAAAAAAGAAAAAAAGGAUUUUGGUAACCCAGCUGAUCCGCACUUGCCAGUUUUAUUAUUUUGUUUAUAUUGGACUGUUUGACCCUGUCAAACAAGUGUCAAAGUUGUGUGUAUAAAACAAACAAAAAAAGUGUUUAAAAAAAGUGUUGUAAAGACACUGAGCCUUAUGAAAAUAUUUAUGGAAUUAAAUAAAAAGAAGUGAAAAGGCA